AUGGCAUUCUUCACUGAAACGCUCGGCAUGGUCCUGGUGCGAGUGUACCCGGCCGACGACCCGGCAACAGCCGUGGUGGCCGGCCACGGCGUGACUGUCCGCCUCCAGCGCGGCGCUGACGGCAUGGCUGGCACCAUGGUCCUUCGUGUCGCUGAUCCAGACGCGGUGGCCGACGGCGAGCGAGCCAUCUUGGCACCGAACGGAUGCCGCAUCAGGCUUGAGCAUGCUGCGCCGCCGCUUGUUGUCCCACCCGUCCUCCCCGAGCUGGUGGUGACUCGCGCCGGUGCCACUGAUGCGUGGGGAGUCGGCCGCGCUGGCAUGGCCUAUCGCGAUCUCAUCCCGUCACGGCUUGGUGGCGCGGUCAUCGCCUCGCACAUCCGCAUUCCCGGCGGAGGCGAGGUUCCCGACUCGGUCCACUUUCACGACGUCUCGUUCCAGCUCAUCUACUGCUACCGCGGCUGGGUCGAGGUCGUCUACGAGGACCAGGGCCCGCCGUUCCGGCUAACCGCAGGAGCGUGUGUCAUCCAGCCGCCACUCAUCCGCCACCGCGUCCUCCGCGCAUCAUCUGAUCUCGAGGUCAUCGAGCUCGGCGUGCCCGCAGAGCACAUGACGACCAUCGACCACGAUCUUACGCUCCCCACCUCUGCGCAUCUCCCGAAGCGGCGGUUCUCGGGCCAGGCGUUUGUCCAUUUCACGCCGUCACAGGCAGUCUGGGCUCCCGCGCGCAUCCCGGGCCUGGCAGCCUGCGACACCGGCGUCGCUGCCGCCACACUCGGCAAGGCUUCUGUCUCGAUCGUCGCCCACCCUGCCGUCGGCGAUCGCGUCACGUCGACUCCACGCCUCCACCACUCUGCCGACAUUCUCUUCACCUUUGUUCUCGAUGGCUCGCUCACUCUUUCCACACCCUCACGGACAGACUCUCUCGCUGCGGGCGAUGCCUUUCUUGUUCCCGCCGGCAUGCCGUCCUCUCUCUGCGAUCUCUCUGACGAUCUGCAACUCCUCGAGGUUGCUCUCCCCGGCGUCUUUGACUCGGAGGCCGUCGUCUAG